CCGCCCGGCCGCCACUGAGCAACGCAGGACCAAACUCUGUUCUGCUCCCUUCGUGUGCGGAACGCGUCGCUACUGGCCAUGGUCGUCCUCGCAGUGGCACUUGCGCAGGCCACCGCUCUAGUCUGUCAACGGUCGCCUCGCUCCACGCAGGAACGCGGUGCUCUGGCCGCAGAUCUGCGUGCGCGAGCAACGGUGCACGCCCACCAUGCAGCUGGACGCAACAGCAAGGAGGAUCGAUCACUCGCCGUGGGUUACGAGACGCCCAGAUAUAGAGCAAUGGCCAACCCUGCAGGCGGGCGUUGCGCGAGACCUUGUCGCAUCUUUUCUUGCUGCUCUGCAUUAUCGGCCCUGUCAGCCUCGAACCGGACCACCGACCGACCCAACGGGACAUGCUCGAAUGACCGAUGCACUCCUCGCGCGCCUCGGUGACGCAGCAAGUCCUGCCACUGCCGUUAAUACUCGGCCGGAAUGAGAGCAGCGCUUCGAAGGCGUCCAGCACCAAACGCGAUUCCGCCAUCGGCCUGGGAGGCUUCGUCCGCAAGAUAUCCUUGAAACGACCAACUUCGCAGUCGCCGAGUCACGAAACGAUGGCUCCGGUCUACAGAUUGUACCCGCAACAGUCGUCCAGCGGUCGGCGAGAACUGCGCGCAAUGGAGAAGGAGAACCAGAAGGAUCGCCCGCAGGCCGGCACAUCGCUCUCUCGCGACCGCAGUAAGAUGAACAGUGUCGACACUGUUGACACUGCCAUCUACUCACCGGCAGUACUCAACGACCUGGCCAAUGGCACCACCAGUCAGGAUGCUGGGCACGCGCGACGUUCGCUGGCACGGAGCUCGACUCAGUCAGACGGCACUGCAGCGCAAUCAAAGAGCAUUCACAGCGUCGACACGGAUUUGCCACAAUCGCCAAACUUCGAUAUGGACGACGCGCCUGGCAUGGCCGCCGCGCCAGCUGAGCUCAGUAAACGAGGCAUCCAUAUUCCCACCAGAACCAGCAGCAGUAAUGACAAAUCGACCAUUGUACAGCCAUUCCAGCCUACGCCAGCGAAGCCAGCGACAUGGCAAGAUGCAAAUCACGAAGUCGUCCCACCUUCGCCCGACACCCCAGACGAGCCGGUUUAUGAUGCUGGGGCACGUAGCAGUGCAGGCUCCAUGUUCUCACAGGAAACAGCAGCGACAUCAGUUCAUACCCUUCCGCCCCUGCAAACCAAAGGACCCGACAAUGCUGAUCCCACGUAUCUGGAGCCGGUGAUGGAAGACGAUCCGAGAUCGUGGGAUCUCGUGGCACCUAUCGAAGAAGGUCAAGAAGAAGAGCAAUACGGUCUUGAGAAGCGAGCAGAUCAAUUGUUCAGCGCUGAGCAUCUAAGAAUUAUCUUUGAAGACCCGCGCCUGCUUCUCAGAUUCACGGGGUAUUUGAACUCACACCGACCGCAAAGCAUUCCUGUAUUGAUAUAUUACCUGGAUGCGCUGAAGGCCUUGAGAGCGAUCAAUUACGCCAACGCAAUCUCGGAAGCGUUGGAACCAAUCAAGGGCCAGAGCUUCACUGACGAGCCUUCGAAGCCAACACUCAACGCCACACUGGAAGAGAAGGCAAAUCGCGCAUUUGAAUCGCUGGUGCAGGAAGAUCUCCCUGCUUACAUCGCUCACAUCUGGACUCAAGUCGUGAGUGUCAGUAUACAGCGAAGAAUCACUGGCACACUGGCUCCGCAUCUCAGAGAGGCAAGCGAAGGACUGGCCGAGGUAUUUUGCCUCACAGAUCCAAGUCGGGCUGACAAUCCUAUCGUGUUCGCCUCAGAGGAAUUCACGAGAACAACGCAAUACGGCAUGAAUUACGUGAUCGGCAGGAAUUGUCGUUUUUUGCAAGGUCCCAGGUCCUCGCCGCAUGCAGUUCGCAGAUUGGCCAUUGCGAGUGCAAAUGGCAAAGAGCACGUCGAGGUCUUCGUGAAUUAUCGACGAGAUGGCAGCCCGUUCAUGAACCUUCUAAUGACCGCGCCUUUGAUGGACAGCCGCGGAAAAAUCCGAUACUACAUUGGCGCCCAAGUGGACGUCUCUGGGCUGAUCAAGGACUGCAGCGAAAUGGAGGGGCUUGUACAUCUACUAGAAAAGGAGCAAGCCGAACGCGAAGGCCAAGAAGUUGAGGAAGAGCACAAGGACGAGUUUCAAGAGCUCAGCGAAAUGUUCAACGGCGCUGAGCUUGACACAGUGCGCAAAUUUGGUGGCCGCAUGCACAAGGAAUACGUGGAUGACAGCGAUCGCGAGAGUAUACAUCGUCCUCGUCUGUUACUCAAAGACCCUAGCCAGGAAGAGGUGGAGAAGAAGCGCAGCAUGUCCAGCGACGCCUCUUCGGCUCUGAAGGAGCGUCUGAAUGGCAAGCUGGAAGGAGUGUAUCAGAACUAUUUGCUCAUCCGACCUGCUCCCUCAUUGCGAAUUCUCUUUACCUCGCCGUCAUUGCGAGUGCCCGGAAUCCUGCAAUCCCCAUUCCUAAACCGCAUUGGCGGCUCCAGCCGCGUUCGUUCAGACUUAGCAGCUGCUCUGGGUGAAGGUCGCGGUGUGACAGCCAAAAUCAGAUGGCUCACCCGACCUGACGAAGCUGGUGAAGGAGAAGGUCGUCCACGAUGGAUACAUUGCACCCCGCUUCUUGGCCAUUCUGGCGCUGUCGGUGUUUGGAUGGUGGUCCUUGUCGAUGAGGAGGGAUCUUUACCCGGCGGUUCAUCCGGGAGACGCUUUAGGCAAGCGCCUCCAGUAUCGUCAAACAUUGGCGGAAAGGAAUGGGACUCCACAAGUGCUCGCGAACGACGGCAGCAAAUCGCAUACGAUAAGAGCGACGUGCGAAGAGGCGCUGCUGGCAAAGCUGAUUACCAUCGACCAGCAAGUCGAAGUGGCAUUCACAGCUCGGCGGCGAGCGUGAACCAUCUUGCGAGCCCAACUCGCGCCAGAGAGCGAGGUGGGCCUGAACCACAUCAUCUGACAAGCGCGUCUGCCAGUGAGUUUUCUUUCAACCUGCGAGGAUGAUAGAACUGGACAUGGAGAACGAAGUAACGUUUUGGAAUCUCUUUGAGUCGAUGAGGCGUUCUUUUGGUCUGAAGGCAAAGCGGCGCAAGCCAGCUUCUGGAGCAUGUAUUAUAUUAUACCCCAAGUUGCGCAUUGCAGACGG